CUCGGGCCGUUCUUCGCGCUCGGCACGGUGGCGUUCAUCGUGCGAAUCGUCAUGACGUGGUACCCGAGCGUGCCGUACACGAAGCUCCCGUGGGUGAUCGCGUACGUCCCGACGGAGCCGCUGUUGAAGCCGACCAGAGCGCUCGUCCCGCCCGUCGGCGGCGUCGACGUGAGUCCGAUCAUCUGGGUCGGGAUGAUAUCGUUCAUGAACGAGAUCCUCCUAGGGAAGCAAGGGCUGCUCGUGCUG